ACUCAUCGCUGCUUUCCGCGCUUCUCUUCGGUGUCUCGCGGAGGUGACUGCGGAAGCAAUCUAGGGUUUUGCGGCCACCCGUGCCGUGCCCUGACCUCGUGGUCCUUACUUUCUCGCGCUGCGUAAAUCGAGACGAAGGAGCGAGUGGAUCGGGAUCGGCGGCAGAGAUGUCGAAGGUGGAGAAGAUGGCAUCCAUCGAUGCCCACAUCAGGCUUCUUGCCCCCGCCAAGGUCUCCGAGGACGAUAAGUUGGUCGAGUACGACGCGCUCCUCUUGGAUCGCUUCCUCGACAUUCUUCAGGAUCUCCACGGCGAGGAGAUCAGAGAAACGGUUCAAGAUUUGUAUGAGCUUUCUGCCGAAUAUGAAGACAAGCAUGAGCCUCAGAAGCUAGAGGAUCUGGGGAAACUGCUUACUAGUUUGGAUGCGGGUGACACAAUCGUGGUCACAAAAUCAUUCUCCCACAUGCUUAACUUGGCUAAUCUAGCCGAGGAGGUUCAGAUUGCUUAUCGUAGGAGGGCCAAGCUGAAAAAGGGUGAUUUUGCUGAUGAAAAUUCUGCAGCUACUGAAUCAGACAUAGAGGAAACACUUAAGCGACUUGUGGUCCAGCUGAAUAAGUCCAAAGAAGAGGUAUUUGAUGCUCUAAAGAAUCAGACUAUUGAUCUGGUUUUGACUGCACACCCAACACAGUCAGUCAGAAGAUCCUUGCUUCAGAAGCAUGCAAGGAUAAGGAAUUGCUUGACUCAGCUGAAUGCGCAAGACAUUACUCCAGAUGACAAGCAGGAACUUGAUGAGGCUCUUCAGAGAGAGAUUCAAGCUGCCUUCAGAACUGAUGAAAUCCGAAGAACUCCCCCUACUCCUCAGGAUGAAAUGCGUGCCGGAAUGAGCUAUUUCCAUGAAACCAUAUGGAAAGGUGUUCCGAAAUUCUUACGACGUGUUGAUACAGCACUGAAAAACCUUGGGAUAGAUGAGCGUAUGCCCUAUAACGCUCCUCUUAUUCAGUUUUCAUCUUGGAUGGGCGGUGAUCGUGAUGGUAACCCAAGAGUUACUCCAGAAGUAACAAGGGAUGUGUGCUUGUUGGCCAGAAUGAUGGCAGCAAACUUGUACUAUUCACAAAUCGAAGAUUUGAUGUUUGAGUUGUCUAUGUGGCGCUGUAAUUCUGAACUUCGAGUACAAGCUGAUGUGCUGCACCAAUCCUCAAAAAAAGAUGCAAAGCACUACAUUGAGUUCUGGAAGCGAGUUCCUCCAAGUGAACCAUACCGUGUUAUUCUUAGCGAUGUGAGAGAUAAAUUAUACUGCACACGAGAGUACUCUCGUCAUUUACUUUCAAAUGGAUACUCUGACAUUCCUGAGGAAGCAACUUUCACCAGCAUUGAACAGUUUUUGGAACCUCUUGAACUCUGCUAUCGAUCACUCUGUGACUGUGGUGAUAGAUCUAUUGCCGACGGGAGCCUUCUUGAUUUUCUGCGUCAAGUGUCAACCUUUGGCUUGUCCCUUGUCAGACUCGAUAUCAGGCAAGAAUCAGACAGGCACACUGACGUUCUUGAUGCUAUCACUAAACACUUGGGAAUUCAAUCCUACCGGGAAUGGUCUGAGGAGCAACGUCAAGAAUGGUUAUUGUCUGAACUUAAUGGAAAACGCCCUUUAUUUGGAUCUGACUUACCGAAGACGGAAGAAGUUGCUGAUGUCUUGGACACGUUCCAUGUCAUAGCAGAGCUUCCUUCAGACAGCUUUGGGGCUUACAUCAUUUCGAUGGCAACUGCUCCAUCAGAUGUCUUGGCUGUUGAGCUGCUGCAGCGCGAGUGCCAUGUGAAAACUCCAUUGAGAGUAGUCCCAUUGUUUGAGAAACUUGCAGAUCUUGAAGCUGCCCCAGCAGCCUUAGCCAGACUUUUCUCGAUCGAUUGGUACAGGAACAGAAUUAACGGGAAGCAGGAAGUUAUGAUCGGGUAUUCGGAUUCAGGGAAGGAUGCCGGUAGAUUUUCUGCUGCCUGGCAGUUAUAUAAAGCUCAAGAAGAACUUAUAAAAGUCGCCAACCAGUAUGGAGUAAAGCUGACCAUGUUCCAUGGGCGAGGUGGAACUGUCGGGAGAGGAGGCGGUCCUACUCAUCUGGCUAUCCUAUCUCAACCUCCGGAUACAGUUCAUGGAUCACUUCGAGUUACAGUUCAAGGUGAAGUUAUCGAGCAGUCAUUUGGAGAGGAACAUUUGUGCUUUAGGACACUCCAACGUUUCACAGCUGCUACACUGGAACAUGGAAUGCACCCCCCCAUCCCCCCCAAGCCAGAAUGGCGCGCAUUGAUGGAUGAAAUGGCGGUUGUAGCUACAAAGGAAUAUCGAUCUAUCGUCUUCCAAGAACCACGUUUUGUCGAGUAUUUCCGCCUUGCUACACCUGAGCUGGAGUAUGGAAGGAUGAACAUAGGGAGCCGACCAUCUAAACGGAAGCCUAGUGGGGGCAUCGAAUCGCUCCGUGCAAUUCCUUGGAUAUUUGCAUGGACACAAACCCGGUUCCACCUACCAGUGUGGCUCGGUUUUGGCGCAGCGUUCAAACAUGUCUUGCAAAAAGAUGUCAAGAAUUUUCGAACUCUUCAGCAAAUGUACAAUGAGUGGCCAUUUUUCAGGGUCACCAUUGACUUGGUCGAGAUGGUUUUCGCUAAGGGAGAUCCCGGAAUAGCUACUUUGUACGAUAAAUUGUUAGUUUCCGAAGAUUUGUGGAAGUUUGGGGAACAGCUAAGAGCCAAUUAUGAAGAAACAAAGCAACUUCUUCUUCAGGUUGCUGGUCACAAAGAUCUGUUGGAAGGGGAUCCAUAUUUGAAGCAGAGGUUACGCCUGCGAGACGCCUAUAUCACGACUCUGAACGCUUGCCAAGCGUAUACCUUGAAGCAAAUCAGGGAUCCAUCAUACCAUGUCAAUGUGAGGCCUCAUCUGUCAAAGGAGAUUACAGAGUCCAGUAAACCAGCUGCUGAGUUAGUGAAGCUCAACCCAAGCAGUGAGUAUGCCCCUGGACUGGAGGACACCCUCAUCUUGACUAUGAAGGGCAUAGCUGCCGGAAUGCAGAACACUGGCUAAAUUAUGAACUCUCGUCGAUAUCUAUCCGGAUUCCGGUCCCUUAAAUAAGACAAUGCAAGCUUCUCUUGCUUGUGUAAGCUAAUUCUUCCCAGUUUUUGUUGUGUGCUUAUUAUAGACGAUCAGUGUCGUCUGAAACACUUUUCGGCAUUGUUGCCUAAUAAACAGUUGGAACGAUUGAUCCGUUCGUAUUCGAGAAUAGCGAUAUAAUAUGCAAUGAAAA